UAGAAUCUGUGAAAGUGGAAUUAGAUACAGUGGGAUCUGGUGCCUCGCCCUGCGGCACCCCACAGAAAACGGCGCCGAGUCCCGCACAGAAAACGGUGUCGGGGUGGGAGGUGUGCGGGCCUGCGGUCAGCGCGGACGUCAGUGUGCGAGAAACCAUGGUGGAGGCGGGAGGAGCCAUGCGGCCCUCCGCUGCCAACAGUGUAUCUGUAGCGGCACAUUCGAGGGUGCCAAUGAGUGCCAGAGUGUCACGAGUUCCUCUACUCAGCGGUGUUGCGUCUGCCACAAUGAGCAGCAGCAGCAACAACAAUAGUAAUAGUGUUACGAGUGUCGUGUUGUGCGGGCCGCCCGCGACCACCACCACGGCGGUGGCGGCGCCCACCGUCAGUGCGCUAACCAAGGUGUCCAGUGUCAGGAUUGUUCCCACACCAACGCCCACGCCCACGCCCAGCAUCAUCAGCGGGCACGAAGCGAAUCCUCAGCAGCAGCAGGCGCACCAAGGGGGCUCCAGCAGAGCCAGCGGGCCCUCGGCAGCCCCCAGGCCCGCGCCGAGGCCCCCCAAGCCCAGCCCCCCGAGGCCUACGGGCGAAGGGGCAGGGGAGCACCAGCGCUUGGAGGCGGUGGGGGAGGCUCAGCAGCAGCCGCAGCAGGCGGAAUCACAGCAGCAGCAACAGCAGCAGCUGCAGGAGGCGCGGAGGAGCGAGCGGGAGCGUCGUCGUGAACGGCGGCGAGAGCGUCGGGAGCGUCGCGCCCAUCGGUCCGGCGUGGCCGCGCCCCCGCCGCCCCAGCCUGGCCAGACAGACGUCGGAGGAGGAGGCGGAGGCAUCGGGGGGGACACGACGUCGCCUCCUGCCGCCGUGCACGACGCACACCUGCCCGACCUCCUGCACUCACACGUGCCGCCCCCGUACUCCACGCUGCCCUCGGGUGUGCGGCCGCCCAUGGGGGGCCUGCUGGGGCCUCCUCCUCCGCCAGGCCCUCCACUGGGCCCGCCCCCGCCGCCCCCGCCACCCAUGCCCCUCCACGUGCCCCCUCCCCCGCCCCCGGGACCCCCCAUAGGGCCUGCCUUCCCGGGCCCCGUUCCAGGCUCGCCCAUCAGACCGCCGCCCGACAGCCCAUGGCCCUUCUUCGGAUCCAGAAGGUCCCGAGGCUCCCCCCGCGGCCCCCCCUACCUGGGCGACGAGGAGGCCAAGUCCUGCUGCGGCCUCAUGGUGACGCAGGCCGUGAGCAUCCGCUGGUUCAUCAUCAUGAUCGCCUUCGUCGGCCUCUGCUGCACCGUCGUCGGCACCGUGCUGGGCGCCGUCAAGACUCAGCAGCACUCCGAGUACGUCACCAUCACGCUGCUCAUGAUCGGUGUUGGUAUCGUUCUGAUCACGGUAUCGGGCGUGGCCUGGCAUCUGACCUCUCGCGACGCCCCAUGUAGGGUCAUGUUGGGUCUAGCGCCACAUGACUCAGCACGAGGAGAGCCACGCCGCUUCAUGGCGCGGAUGGCACCGGCUUUCGGACGCCCUCACCACCCUUAUGCCGCAAUGAUGUACCCGGAGUUCCAGUACAGGCCGCCGCCUCCAAGCUACCAGGCAUCCAUGCAGGAAUACAGGUUGCGGUUGCUGCUCCUGGACCGACACCACGCCCACAAUGCCUCGCCGCAAGCACCCUCACCCCCGCCCACCUACCGGUCUGGGACCCAUAAUUUUAGAGGAUUAGGUGUGAAUACAUUAGGACGGGAGAGUAACUACAGUCAUCCUCCAAGUUACCGGUCCCGCGAGGGUUCCAUUUCCCACAAUCCUGAUACGGUUCCUUCAACUCACCCUGGGGGCAACGUCGCCCCUGCCCACUCCAGAGAUCCUUCGUGUCUGUCGUUUCUCUCGCACGAUUCCAUAUACUCCACCGGCGCACCGCCCUCACAGGACGGCUCCCUACGAGCCGGGCAGAUAGUGGACAGAGACAAAGUAGCAGUGGUGGAGGACUCCGUGCUGCCGCCAGCCAAGAAGGACAGCAGGAGAGAUGACAACACCGUUACCAUUGUACAGACCACAGACUCUUCACAAGUAAUUGGUUCCGAUGCUGUAGUUGUGACAGUGUCAGGUUCAAAUGCAAACUAUGUGACAGCGCCAUCACAACACCAAACCACCGAUGCUGAAAUAUCCGUCCUGGCCCACCUUUGACCUAGUUCACUUUCUGACGAAGUGAAGCUGUGAAAAUACAAGGUUUUCUCUGACCUUCAAUGCUUAUGAAAAGUAUGCUUAAAUUAGGCCGUUUGGUAUUGCUACCUUUAUUAUAUGAUCUUCAGUGAUGUGUUGUUCAUGUAACUGAAACCAAAACUUCAUAAACUGCACACUGUUUCUUUUGUCAGCUACUGGUGAUAUUGUGUAUAGCAUUCUGUUCAUUUAAACCCAAUAUAGUGAGAACAUUAUGAAACGGAAUGCGAGCUGAUGUAACUUUGGCUUAUGGCCAAGAUGAAUUUAUCAUGGAAAUGAAUAUAAAUUAGUCAACUAUAUUGUUAUCAUACCAGUUUUUGAAAUCAAGAAUGAGUGCUGUUGCCAUAGUCAGAGAGGUUGUUGAAAUAUAUUGUGUACAUAUUAAUUUUUGUAGCCUUUACAUUUAUUUGCACAAGACCAGCCAACCUCAUGUGUACUUGAGUUGACUUGAGUGCUUUAUUUUAGUCAUGUCUAACUUAUCCGACAUAUUUAAAAUGCAUGUAUGAGAUGUAAAUAAUUACUAUUGGCAUUUAUAUAUACAUAUAUCACAUAAAUACUUUAUAAUCAAUGAUUGUAAAAGUGACCAAAAAAUAGUCAGUUUAGAUUAGGUUAUAUUGCCAGUGUUCUUCCUGUGGUGUAGUGGUGUCUUGUGAGAUCCAGAUAAACAGGAAUGUUGCUACUAGUUCAUGAAAGUUUCCUCGAUAGUAUUAUAGAUCUAUUUCUUAUACGUAGAUAUUGAAAUUGUAAAUGUUUAGUGUCCUUGGCAUCAUUCCUGGUCCACUGGGCCUCACUGUUCACUGCUAUGAUGCUCGCGUGUCUUGUAAGGUGCUGUAGCAGAAUUAUCUAUCCACAGUGUCUGUGAAAACAAGAUUUAAUUUUGGCAUAUUUUUUCUGAAAUGUAAAAGUCACAUGGCAGUAUUUUUCCUUUUUGGGAUUUACUAAAGAACCUAAGCUUUGGUUAUGAAAUGAAGAUGUAGCGUGGAACAAGAUUGAUUACUUUUUCAUAACGAGACUUAAGGUUCAGCAGCCCCAGUUUUAGAAAUGUACCAGUCGAAAUGGGUAGCAUCCAAGUUUAGUCAGUUGGUAUUAUUUUUUGAAAUGAAACUGCAGAACUUUGUUUAUAAAAUAUAUAAUUAUAUAUAUGAAAGGUUCUUCCUUCCCUGAGAUUGCCAUGUUCCUUAUGUCAAACCAAUCCUUAAACCAGAGAGAUUAUCAUAUUGCCCUUUAAAACUGUCCUAAUGAACCCCUUCCUAUUGCUUAAAAACUGAAAUGUAUUUUUCCCCUGUUGCAUAUGAUAUAAUAUUUCUGGGCAUAAUGUAAUAAAAAAGGUCCUGUAUAUAUUUUGUAUAACUAAAUAAAACCACCUUUACAUUCA